CAUAUUGCACAGCUUGAUCUUGCGAUAACGAUAAAUUUGCGGUAUAUUGUGCAGGCCUAAUACAAAUAUACAAUCCUAAACAUUCAGCUAAACUACUUCACAUAAUUUAGCUAAAUUUACAGCAUUUGAAUUUGGUAAUUAAAAUAUUUGGGUAAGUGUGAUUCUUUAAUUAUUUGUUUUAAAUAAACUGGAUUUCUUCAAUGUUUUACAUCAGUUAAAUAAUAAAAACAUUAAAGAUUUGAGAAAUAAUCUAAUGUGAAUUUUUCUGCACAUGGUGUGUGUGGCAGCUCCCUGUGGUGUCUGUCUCUUUUUACGGAAUACUGACUGUGGAAUCGGUCAAGGAAAGUGACAGAAAGACUUCUUAAUUUACUCUAACAAGUGUUAGCAUUGCCCUGGCUAUUUUUUUGUUUACAGUUUUGAACAGCUAUAAACAACAACCAAUAAAAAUGGCUCAAUAACUUACAUUAAAGCUUAAAGUUCUGAGGUCUCUAGAUGGGGUCCCCUGCAUAUCACUCCCCUUUGUCUACAUUUUUUGCCAUGCAAUGUGCAGAUGGACAGCACAUUGCAUAUCCCUUUAAAAGGUCACUUUUGUUUUUAUAACAGUUAUAUUUAUUUUCUUUCUUCUGUAUUAACAGUCCGUUGGUGGAUUAAUUGAAAUGCCUACCUUUUCUGUUUGUAUGUAGUAUUAUGUUCAUUUAAAGGCAGAGAGAUAUGUAUUUGUAAGAGCUAGAGAAGCUAGCAGAAUUGCAGUUGAAAGCGUUUGGCUGGUUUCUUACGUUGUGUUACGUGUGACUGUUUUUUUGACAGCCCAGUAUUUUAAAGCCAGGUUCGUAUGGAAAUGCCUUCACUCCACUUGCACUGCUGUUGGACUCGUCGUCGUUGCUUUCAUCCGUCUGUCUUAUUCUUUUGGUGCAAUCAUCUGUUUUUCAACACCUAGACUGCACCUCAUCUCUGCCCUCUAACACGGCUCAUUUUGACCUAAUCUCUUGAUUGUUCACAAUUGCAAGCUGUUGCCUCAUCCAACCUGUUUUUCUUAUUUUUGUUUUAGAAUAUUCUAUGUGCUAUGGGUUUAGUAAUUAUUUUUUUUGUUAUAAUUUUUCCGUGGUGUGAAAAAAUUGAACUUAAAAAUGAAGAAGCCAAACAAACUUUUAUAUGCGGCCAGUUUGAUAGAAAUCUAUUUUCUACCGUAGGCAACUCAAGGGCCCACUAAACUACAAUAUUUGUACUACUAAAAGGAUUUUUUUGUCAUACCGCAGUAAAGCUAAGGAUCAAUAUCUGCUUAUGGCAGGAGUAUUGUUUUUUUUCAUAUUUUACAAAACUUUUACACUAGUUUGAGGCAAAUUGCAUGACCAGACAUUCCUUUUACUCUUCUAUCGUAAAAAGUAUGUGUAGGUUUAGUGUUGUUGUAAACUUACUUAAUCAAAAAAAAAAAUUCCAGACGGUGUAUGAAAAAAGUGGAUAGUAAUCAUUAUUGUAACUUACAUUUUGUAGAGCAUAAAUACUGCUACUACAGUCUUAUUCAGUAUAUCAAAUAUACCAUUAACCAAUGAGGCACACCAACCACAAUCUACCAUGAUAUUGAGCAGGCAGCAGUUUGCUCUCUAUAAAAAAAUGUUGAAACUUGAAAAAACAUUUCCAGUGCAACCUUAAGGGCAGAGAUGCAGUGUAUGCUGUGUGUUGUGAUUAGCACUCCCUUCACAUGCUCUAACCCAUUCAAGCCCGGCUCACUUCUACUACCCAAAAACUCAACCCUCAUUAUGGCUCAGCCUGCUCUGUUCUGCUCGUUUUCCCAACCUCCUCUUGUCAAAAAGGAACUAAUUGAGCCCUGUUGAGCCAUCACCUUCCUCGCUGUGCCUGAUUCACAUGAGACUAACACAGUUGGAGUUUCGUGACCCUGCUCUCCACCUCCAACCCACCCUCUAUGUAUGUUCCACCUACAGUGCGCUAUUAACACCGACGACUCUUUUUGUUAAAACUUUUAACAAAAAGCUGCAUGCUGUUUUUAUUUUAUCCCUGUUUUGUUCCAGUCCCCUCACUUUCUGUUUAAAUUUAAUGUUAGUCUCUUUGUGAUCAUAAGUAUUAUUUGUUUGGUUUGUAUGUUUUUGAUAGAAUGCAACACUAGUGAAUGUUCGACAUGCUUGGAAUAGUUACUUUUACAACAGAAAACACAACUUGGAAGGAACUAUCAGUGUAUAUUUGUGCUUGAAAUUGUACUGUAGUAUGUAGUAGUGGGACAGUCGUGCAUAUUACCAGAUGAUUGUUUUUUCCUGGCCCAUAUUAGGGUAUAAAAAGCUGCAGACCGCACAUUUUUGGCCCUUAGUGUGCUAACAAUUCCUGUACACAGUAGAGCAAAAAGUAUGUGGAAGUCACCAGCUCUGUAUGUUGUCCCACCUAAAAAGAUUAGAGGUCUUUAAUGUUCAUCAUCAAUACACUUUAACUAUGAAAGACAGAAAAUAAAAAAUAAAUUCUAUCUUCUACUUGUUACCUGUAUUAAUGGCACCUGUGUGAACUGGUUAUCUGUAGAAAAGACACCUGUCCACACCCACAAACAGUCUGACUGAAACAUCUCCACCGUGACCAAGACCAAAGAGCUGUCUAAGGACACCAGGCACAGGAUUGGUUCAUUCCAGUCUUGUUCAGUGAACAAUCUAUAAUAAGCAAGCAGCUUGGUGAGAAGAGAUCAAUUGUUAGAAAAUGGAAGGAAUUCAAGAUCUCUAUCUUCCUCCACUUGGAACUACAUGUGGGGUACAAAUGAUUCAAAGAAUUGUGAGGAAAAAGCUCAGAACUACACAAGGGACUGGGUCAACAACCUUUAGAGAGCUUGAACGACAGUAACAAAAGUUACUUUUGGGAACGCACAACGUUGUCAUAGAUUCAAAUCCUGCAGUGCUCCAAAGAGCCCCCUGCUUAAAGUAGUUAAAUUCCGCCUUAAGUUUACUAGAGACCAUCUGGAUGAUCCAGAGGACGAUUGUGAGAGAGUCAUGUGGUCAGAUGAAACCCAAAAGGAACGUUUUGUUAUAAACGCCACUCGUUAUGUUUGUGGGAGGAAGAAUGUUGAAUUGCAGGACAAGAACACCGUACCCACUUAACAGGAUAGGGGUGGAAAUAUCAUGCUUUGUAGCUGCCUUUCUGCAAAGGGCACAGGACGACUGAUCUGAAAGAUGAAUGUAGAAGCAAUAAAUGGUGAGAUUUUGGGCAAAAGCCUCCUUCCACCAAUGAUGGCCUUGGGGAUGAAACGUUCUAGAUCUACCAGCUGGACAAUUAUUCUAAACACAUUGCCCUGCCAUUUAAAGUGUGGCUCCAUAAAAGGCAUUUCAAGGUUCUGGAGUGUCCUAGCCAGUCUCUGCACCUUAAUCCAAGAGAGACUCUGUGGAGGGAGUUGCAAGUCUGUGUAGUCCAGGGACAAUCUAGUUUAACUUCUUAUAUUGACCAAAUUCUUAUUUACUGCGCCAUUAUACAAAUAAAUUAUUUAAAAAUCAUACAAUGUAAUUUCCUGGAUUCUUUUUUCAAAUUCUGUGAAGUUGAAAUGUACCUAUACUGAACAUUAAAGACCUAAUCUUUUUAAGUGAAACAACUUGCAGAACCUGGGACUGAAAAAUACCUGUUUGCCUCAAUAUAUGUUCUUGCAUGCCUCAAAGCAUCUUUGGUUGAUACACAUCACAAGCAACGAUGUGAUUAAAGUCCGUCAUGUGUAGUUGCAGAUAUUGCCUGACCUUAAUCACAUUCUCGAUCAUGUUGUUCUUCAUUUAGUUAAUAUUUUAAUAUGCAAAAAACAUAAGACAAAAAUAAGCACACCUAACAUUAACUCAUGCAAAUUUUAAUUCAAGGAAGUGCCAGCAGUAUGUAGCUUUAGAAAUGUACGGAACUUCUAAAGCUUCUCCAAACCAAUCACAACUUUAACAAAGACGUCAACAGUUUUAGAUUUUAUACGGUAAUGGUUUGAGCAUUAAAUUAGAUGUUUAUGCCACACUUUGGUUUUGAUAUUGAAAGUGCAAAACAUGUUUGAGCCUGACGGUUGAUGAUGACAAUAAACAAAAGAUGCUGGGGGUAUACAGAACAUACGCAGCCUGAUGAGGCUUCAAACACACUAUGCGUCUCUCUUUUUAUCUGCACCUCCACAUGUCUUAUCACUCCUGUCUUUUCUGUCCACCAUGGGUCUUAUAAUGGUAAUUCAAGGCCCAUUAGUGCCACUUCUGUCUUUUCCUUUUUGCAGUUUUCUUGUCACAGCUUUUUUUGUUUGUUUCGUGGUGCUCCCUUGUCAUGGUUCUAGAAUCACAGCAAGCUUGGAGUUUCUGGUCUUAAUUUUGUUAUUGCUAGAUUUCCAUACCUGUUCUGUGUCACUUUUCGUGUACUGAGAUCUUACUCUUUAGCAGAUUAUAUAUGUAUGUGUGCGAUACAUAUAUUACCGUCCCCCUUCCCUGUUCUCCUCUCACUUAGUGGAUGUAACUUGGUAUGCUUCUUUUUUCAAAACAUAAAAUUCAAAUUCCUAUUUUCCCCCUUUUUUACCCUUAAAGGUAUUUUUAAAACACUCCAAAUGUUGGGGAACAUCUUAUAGUUUUUUUUUUUGGCUGUGUCCUUUCAUAGUUUUCUAUUAUAGCAAAAUCUUACCCGUCAUGUAAGUUUCCAAGUUUUUAUUUCACUCUGCUAACUGGCUUUACACCCUUUAUAUUGAAAAACACGCUGUUACAUGCUGUAGGUGAUGACAAUAAUAGCAGUGGUGAUGAUGGUGGUGGUGGUGGUUGUGCUGAUAAUGAUGGAGUGAUUUGAGUGCUUUUAUUUUGAUUUGUUUUUUCACCCGUUCCCACGGGGUAUAGCUCUUCUUAUUAUUGGAAUAUUUUUGGUUUUUUUCUUCUAUUCUCUUUGCUAGGAUAACAUUGGACAUCGGCUGCUCCAGAAACAUGGCUGGAAGUUGGGGCAAGGCCUUGGCAAAACCAUGCAGGCGAUUUGAUCCUGCCCAUGUUGUGCUGAUGGUAAACUUAGUGGACGCACUGACCCUGUACCCAUUAUUGUUAAAUAUGAUGUCAUGGGAAUGGGACGGAUGGAGAUGGAGUUGGACUAUGCAGAAGAUGCCACAGAGAAGAGGAGAGUGCUUGAAGUGGAAAAAGAGGACACGGAGGAACUGCGGCAGAAAUACAAAGACCAAGUGGAAAAGGAGAAAGCCAUUGCAAAGGCUCUGGAAGAUUUGAGAGCAAACUUCUACUGUGAGCUUUGUGACAAGCAGUACACCAAACACCAGGAAUUUGACAACCACAUCAACUCCUAUGAUCACGCGCACAAGCAGAGGCUGAAAGAGCUAAAACAGAGAGAGUUUGCUCGUAAUGUAUCGUCUCGUUCUCGGAAAGAUGAAAAGAAGCAAGAAAAGAUGUUGCGGCGACUGCAUGAGCUGGCUGAGCAGAGAAAACAGGACAAGCAGAACAGGACUCCAGGAAGUGGACCAAUGUUCAAAACAACCACAGUGGCCGUCGAUGGAGAGAAGUUAGAAGAUGGCGAUAACAUGGCAGUUGAAACCCCUGUUUUGACUGAUGCUAUUCUGGAGGCAGCACCGUUAGAAAAAACGGGUCAGUCCUCUCCAAAACCAGGCCCUGCUAUUAGUUUUUCUCUGGGGAGAACCACCUCCUUGUCUCCAACCCCCAGUGGCUCCUCCAAAUUGGGCGUGUCAUUCUCUUUUGCCAAGAAAGCCCCAGUGAAGUUGGAGACGGCUGCUGCCGUUUUCACUGAUCCCUGUGAGGAGGUUCCAGAGGGAGAGGAGAUCCAGGAGGGAGAUAAGGCUGUGGGACAAGAAGAAACCUCAGGGUGCAGCACGGACAGCCAAAAAGAAGGAUCCGGAGGAGAGGGAGGAGAGGGAGAUGGUGCAACUGGGGUUGACGAUAUGCAGCAACCUGAUAACGGAGGCUCACUGGCCUCCACGCUCAACAAAUUGAAGAUGAUGAUGAAAAAAGAGGAAGGAUAUACUGGACAGGAGCCGCAAUACUACCAUUAUGUACCUCCUGCCCAUUGCAGAGUAAAACCACACUUUCAGUUUUUGCUGUUCAUGAAGGCUUCUGAUCAGAAUCACAGCAAAGAGGACGAGGAAGACGAUGGUCAAGAGAUGCUAGAGGAGAAAAACUGUGAAAAAAGUUCAGACCCGAAGGAGUCUAACACUGCAGAGCGUGAAGACAACAAAGAGCAAGGAAAUGACGCUUUAACUACUGAGCCGGAACCAGCUCCUGCAUCACCCAAGGUGAAAACAGAAGAAGAAGCCUCUAUGUGUGCAGUAGACACAACUCCAACUGCAACAACUUCAGCCGUGACCGCUUCUACCCAGAAAGGCGAAGAAGCGGUCACGGCUGAUAAAACGAAUUUAAACACUGGUCCAAAAAUCCCCACCGGUCCUUUCUUCCCUGUCCUGAGUAAAGAUGAAAGCACCACCCUUCAGUGGCCGACGGAGCUGCUAGAAUUCACCGCAGCUCAACCCUCCCUGUCUUACAGUUGUAACCCGCUCUAUUUUGAUUUCAAACUGUCGAGAAACAAAAGGAUGCACGGUGGGAAAGCGGUCAAGCCCCCAAAGUCUGGUGAAGAGGCGGGAAACAAGAGGCAAGAGGGAAGUGCCGCAGCAGCUGAAGCUGACGCAGCGGCUAACCCUGGGAUGAGCGCUGAUGCGGACAAACCGGUGGCAAAAGGAGAUCCCGGCCCGUCGGAAAGCGGCGAGCAAAAGCCCACAACUGCCGGUGGUAGUGCAAAGAAAAAAAAGAAGAAGAAAAAGCACAAGAAGUCUGCAAAGCAUUCAAAACGAAAAGGGAAAGACAAAGCUCCAGGAGAGGAAGCUGAGGGCGAAACUGAGGUGACUCAGGAAAAGCCCAAGAAGAAGAAAAAACACAAACGGAAGAAGAGCAAAAACAAGAAUCCAGAUCAAGAGGAAACUGCUGGUGAUGAAAAAGAGAACGUGAAAGCAAAAUCUGAAGAUAAAGCUGUGGCUUCCUCCAUUCAGUCAACAACAGGAGCGAAAGAAACUGGAGGAGUGGAACUGGGAAAGAGAAAACGUCCCGCCAAGGAAGUGCCUGCCAAGCCUGGAGCGGAGGACGGAGGAGCGGGAAAAAGUUGUGAGAAGAGCAACUCCUCAGAGGAGCACAGUGGCUCAAAGAGACACAAGAACGACCCCAGUGCUUCUCAGAGUGCCUCAUGCUCCACCUCUGCUCGCAAGAGCCCCGGUCAUGGUAGACCCCCCAGCAGUGAGAGUGAAGAAGAGGGCAGCUCCAAUACCCAGCGCUCACGGCACCGCAGGCUAAGCCCACGGGAACAGCGACGACACCACAGCGAAGAAUCCAAGAGGUCCUGCAGCCGCUCUUCCAGACGAGGGGAAAGGCGGGGCAGCAGUCGACGCCAUCACCGUGGUCAAGCAUCCCGGAGUCGCUCCUACUCGAGCAGCUCUGAGCGUUCCUCUGCAGGAAGCAGCGCCUACAGCCACCGCAGCCGCAGCUACUCGGACAGCUACAGUGACUACAGCACAGAAGGCCACAGGCGAAGGCGCUCCAAACGGUCGUCAGACUCUGAGUACGAGCACAGGGGGAGCCGCAGGCGAUCACGAAGACGCGAGUACUCCUCCUCCUCCUCGGAAGACUCCCGCUCACGAUCGCGCAGCUACAGCCGCCGGAAAAGGCACAGACGACACCGGCGAAGCAGCUCGCGAAGUUCCAGCAGCUGGAGCCGCAGCACCAGUGCGAGGUCUUACAGGCGGAGCUACAGCCGAAGUCGCAGCUCUGCUAGCCGCUCUUCCAGUUCAAACAAAGGCUCCCCUCACCGGCGAAGCACCAGAGACCGGGGGGACAGUGACACCGCUCGCAGAGACUUCAACCGCUCUUGCAUCUACCGCUCCCAGUCUCCGAGGACAUCGUCGUCACGAGGCCUCAGCCGGAACCCCUCCAGCUCGCAGGCACUGCGGUCUGGGCCAUCCCGGGAUGCAGGGGAGCAGAAAAACAGUCUUACUGCACGGCAGCUGCUGGAAAAAGUUCAGUCCAAGAAAAGUUCCGAUGAUUCUUCCUCAGGAACAAAAUCUGGGAUUAAGAUCAAGGAUCCACCGCAGGGCUAUUUUGGUCCAAAACUACCCCCAACCCUGGGAAGCAAAGCCAUGUUGCCACUAUACGGCAAACUGCUGGCGGGGAAGAAACCUAUAAUUCCCCUGACCAGACCUGAUGAUGGAGACAAAUAUGGACUGGGAAAAGGCUCGGAUGAGAAAGAGGUCAUCCUGGUAGAGCCCAUCAGAGAGUUUCCUCCCCCACCACCACCUCCAGCUCCACCCGUGCAGAAGGUGGAAGAGAUGCCACAGACUACAGUCACACAAGAGGAGACACAGCAGCUCCCCACCCCAGAGGAUCAAGUCCACCAAGAAAACCGGCCGUUGUAUGAGCAGGAUUCUUCCAUAAUGAUGCCCCAGUACCAGCUAGAACCCGGACAGGACCCGUCCCAGAACCCCGUAAUGGAGUCCAUGAUGCCCGAGAUGCAGCAGCAACAGCAGCCCCCAAUGCACGCCUACCCCGCUUACCCGCCUCCCAAUUUGGAAGAAGAUGGGAUGGAGGCGGAGGAGGACGGGCUGGCUCCUUUGGAGAGUCAGCCCAUCACGUUCACGCCCGAGGAGAUGGAGAAGUACAGCAAGCUGCAGCAGGCGGCACAGCAGCACAUUCAGCAGCAGCUUUUGGCCAAACAGGUCAAAGCCUUUCCCUCUGCCGCAGCAGCCGCCGCCGCAGCCGCCGCCGCAGCUGCCAAUUUGGCGCCCGCCCCCCCUCCACCAACGCUCCAGCAGAUACACAUUCAACAGCCGGCUGUGUCUGUAGCGUCCGGCACAUCCAUCGCCACAGUCCAACACGCCAUUCUGCAGCAUCACGCAGCUACCGCCGCGGCGAUGGGCCUCCACCCGGCGCACGCACACCACCAUCAUCCUGCACACGCCCAGCUGGCCCAGGUUCAUCACAUUCCCCAGCACCACCUUACCCCCAUCUCCCUGUCUCCUCUGGGUCAUUCGCUCAGUCACUCUUUGGGGCAUUCUCUGGGACACGCGGGUUUGAUUCCCACACACCACACGGCCUUCCUUUCUGGUCAACCCAUCCACAUUAUUCCCGCCUCCGCACUUCACCACACCCCUCUGGCGCUCCACCAUGUUCCACACGCGGCCCUUUAUCCUGCGCUCUUCGCACCUCGCCCCUCCCAGGCUGCUGCCGCGGCGGCUCUCCAGCUCCACCCGCUUCUACACCCAAUUUUUUCAGGGCAGGACCUCCAGCACCCCCCUAACCAUGGAUCCUGAGGGGUGCUCAAAGGAUCUUCACUUUUGGUUUUCGGUUAAACGUACAGGUGGGGGUUCCGGUGGGAAGACUGACUGAUGACGUCAGUAUAAAAUAUUGAGCAUUAAGCAGAAGUAUUAUUAUGACAUGAAUACUCUCCACAGAUUAGUCCUUUUGCCAGACUUGGGUUUUGUAGUGAAACUAACAUCUUGAACCUGUCAAAUCAGUUUUGUUUUUCCAGACUUUAAGAUCUUCAGCUCCAAUAUGGGAUGAGAUAUUGAAAAAGUAAACUACUGGACCUUUUUAUAACAUUAUGUUCCAGUUUUUUUGGGGGGCUUAUUUUACUUUUUGAUAGCCAGAGAGACUCAUUAUGGCUAAGAAUAAAUUAAAAAAAUUUGGAGACGGCAAAAAUAAAGUGGUUUCGUCCCAGAAUGAAACAAAUAAUGCUGUGCAACAGGAUGUUUUCAAAAAAAAAAUCUAAUUUUUAGGGUUUGUUGUCCUUUUCUCGGUCUCACAAUAUGUAAUGCAGUACCGUGUACAUAUAUCAAUGUAUAAUGUAAAGAAACCCACCGUUUAUAACCAUAUAAAAGUUCAAAAGUGGUGUUGAGCUGGCAUGUUGCCGAAGGAAAUGUGAGGGUUUUGAUAUGCGACACACUUAAAGCAAACUUUAUGUCCCUUGUUUUGAGGGCACAUGUGAAAAAAAAAAUUGCACUGAAAUCUGUACAUCAAAGUGGUGCUUUUGCAUCAUGUAACAAUAACCUUGUAGAAUACUGCAAUAAUGUUUUUUUGUUUUAAAUUAUUUUGGAAAAAAAAAAAGUCUCUUCAAACGAAGGGCUAGAUUUUUUUGGCUUUUGUGUAAUUUUGUAAAUAAAAGUGCUGUAGAUGAUGAACGCUCAAGAGGGUUGAAGAAGCAGACGUGGGUUUCUAAAUUCUUCCAGCUGAGGGGGGCUGGGACAGCAAACGGGUGGUCUUGUCUGUCAGUAGCAACUAUGUAUUUUUAAAAAAAACAUAACUUUGUUCCAAAAAAGAAAUAAAAAUCUGGAGUUUCCUGUGUUUUAUCCAGAA